CCGGGGGCGCGCGCGGCGGCGCGAGCGGCGGGACGGCCCCGCGCGCCCCUCCCUCAGGGCCCCGCGCGCCCCUCCCUCAGCGCCCGCCGCCCUUCCCGCCGGCGGGACCCGCCGAGCAUGGAGCUGUUCCAAGCCAAGGACCACUACAUCCUGCAGAGCGGCGAGCGAGCGCUGUGGUGCAGCCGGAGGGACGGCAGCCUGCAGCUGAGAGCCGCCACUGAUCUUCUUUUGGCUUGGAAUCCCAUUUGCCUGGGCCUGGUAGAGGGAGUCAUUGGUAAAGUUCAGCUUCACACAGAUCUACCGUGGUGGCUCCUUUUAAUUCGUCAGAAAGCUUUGAUUGGCAAACUCCCAGGAGACCACGAGGUUUGCAAAAUAACAAAGAUUGCCGUGAUUCCACUUUCUGAAACAGAACCUCAGGACCUGGAGCUGGAGCUUUGCAAAAAGCACCACUUUGGGAUAAACAAGCCAGAGAAGAUAACACAGUCCCCAGAUGACACAAAAUUUCUGCUGAAGACUCUUACCCAAAUUAAAUCAAAUGUGUCUGCUCCAAAUAAAAAGAAGAUUAAAGAAAGCAAAGAGAAGGAGAGGCUGGAGAAGAGAUUAUUGGAGGAGUUGUUCAAAAUGUUCAUGGAUUCCGACUCCUUUUACUACAGCCUGACCUAUGACCUGACAAAUUCUGUGCAGAGGCAGAGCACGUGUGAGAAAGCAAACCUAUCCCUGUGGAGAAAAGUUGAUGACAGAUUCUUUUGGAACAAGCACAUGAUUGAAGAUCUCAUCAGCAUUGAUAAUGCUGAGGUGGACUUCUGGAUCAUACCCAUCAUUCAAGGAUUUGUGCAGAUUGAAGAACUGGUAGUAAACUACAGUGAGUCUUCUGAUGAUGAUAAGAGCAGUCCUGAAACCCCUCCUCAGGAACCGAGCUGCGUGGAUGACGUCCAUCCCACCUUCCUGGUGGCGCUCAUCUCCCGCCGCAGCCGGCACAGAGCUGGAAUGCGGUAUAAGAGAAGAGGUGUCGAUAAAAAUGGAAACGUGGCAAAUUACGUGGAGACAGAGCAGCUGAUUCACGUUCACAAUCACACUCUGUCCUACAUCCAGACACGAGGCUCUGUGCCUGUUUUCUGGAGCCAGGUGGGAUACAGAUACAACCCCCGGCCUCGCCUGGACAAGAGUGAAAAUGAAACUGUGGCCUGUUUUCGUGCACACUUUGAAGAACAGCUGAAAAACUACAAAAAGCAGGUGAUUAUUAACUUGGUGGAUCAAACAGGCAGAGAGAAGAUUAUUGGAGAUGCUUACCUUAAACAGGUUCUUCUCUACAACAAUGCAAAUCUGACUUAUGUUUCUUUUGACUUCCACGAGCACUGCCGAGGAAUGAAGUUUGAAAAUGUCCAAACACUGACUGAUGCCAUUCACGAUAUCAUUCUUGACAUGAAGUGGUGCUGGGUUGACCAGGCUGGAGUGAUCUGUAAACAGGAAGGGAUCUUCCGAGUGAACUGCAUGGACUGCCUGGACCGGACCAACGUUGUGCAGGCUGCCAUUGCCAGGGUGGUCAUGGAGCAGCAGCUCAAAAAGCUGGGUGUGAUGCCUCCUGAGCAGCCUCUGCCGGUGAAGUGCAACAGGAUCUACCAGAUCAUGUGGGCCAACAACGGCGAUGCCAUCAGCCGCCAGUACGCGGGCACCGCCGCCCUCAAGGGGGACUUCACCAGGACUGGGGAGAGGAAGCUGGCAGGGGUGAUGAAGGAUGGAGUCAAUUCUGCCAACAGAUACUACCUGAACCGUUUCAGGGAUGCCUACAGGCAAGCAGUCAUAGAUUUGAUGCAGGGCAUCCCUGUGACAGAGGAUCUGUACUCCAUAUUUACCAAAGAGAAGGAACAUGAAGCCCUGCACAAGGAGAGCCUCAGGAGCCACCAGGAGCUGAUCAGCCAGCUGCUGCAGAGCUACAUGAAGCUGCUCUUGCCUGAUGAUGAAAAAUUCCAUGGAGGCUGGGCACUCAUUGACUGCGACCCAAGCCUCAUUGAUGCCACUCACAGGGACGUGGAUGUUCUGCUGUUACUUUCCAACUCUGCCUACUACGUGGCCUAUUAUGACGAUGAAGUCGACAAGGUGAAUCAGUACCAAAGGUUGGGCCUUGAAGCUCUGGAAAAAAUAGAAAUAGGGCCUGAGCCUACUCUCUUUGGCAAACCCAAGUUCUCCUGCAUGAGGCUGCAUUACAAGUACAAAGAGCAGAGUGGGUAUUUUCACACCCUCAGAGCUGUGGUGAGAAACCCAGAGGAAGAUGGAAAAGACACUCUCCAGUGCAUUGCAGAGAUGCUGAGAAUCACAAAGCAGGCGAUGGGACUGGAUGUGCCCAUCAUUGAGAAGAAGCUGGAAAGGAAGAGCAGUAAACCCCACGAGGACAUCAUUGGCAUUCGCUCCCAGAACAGAGGCUCCCUGGCCCAGGGCAAGAACUAUUUGCUGAGCAAGUUCUCCUCCCUCAAUCAGAAAGUGAAACAAACCAAAUCCAACGUCAACAUCGGCAACCUUCGCAAGCUGGGCAGCUUCGCUAAACCAGAAGUGAAAGUCAAUUUUUUGAAGCCAAACUUGAAAGUGAAUCUCUGGAAAUCAGACAGUAGCCUUGAAACUCUGGAGAACCCAGGGGCAGAUCCCAAAGCCCAGACCGAAUCUGACACAGAGGGCUCAGAUAACGACUCAUUCCAUUCCGACGACUUCCUGACUAAUUCCAAGUCGGACGAGGACAACCAGCUCACGGACUCCCUGGAGAACAUCGGCCCCACGGACUACGUGCUGCCCAGCUGCGGCAUCCUGGCCUCGGCCCCGCGCCUGGCCAGCCGCUCGCAGUCCCUGAGCAGCGCGGACACCGCCGUGCCCGAGGGGCAGGGCUGGCAGGAGGGGCAGGGCUGGCAGGAGGGGCAGGGAUCCUCCCAGCCUGGCCGCUCCCACUGCCAGGACGAGGACGCGGCCGCGCCCUCUGGUGCCAGCGCACUCGGGGAGCUCCCCAAGCCCAUCGAUGUGUACUGCCAGAGGUUCGUGCAGGAUGCCCAGAGCAAGGGCUCCGAUGUUCUGGAGGCUCAGGCUGGUUCUCAGCAGCCCCACGGCCCCGCGGCCCACAGCAGCAAUAACGCGGCACAACCCAAGGCUGAAGCUGUGGGGGACGUCCCUUCCCGGCCCUCCAAGCUGGAUGUCCGCUCUGCUGAGCCCAGCCCUCAGCUCCUGGCUGUGGGUGGGACCGACUGCAGUAAAUCCCAUAGGAGCCCCGGCUCUGUGUGUGGGAACCCCGAGCCAGGACUCCACAGCUCUCCCUCUCCCGCCGAGAGCAGCAGGGCCGUGUCCCCCUUUGCCAAGAUCCGCAGCUCCAUGGUCCAGGUUGCAAACAUCACCCAGGCAGGACUGACUCAAGGCAUCAACUUUGCCGUGGCAAAGGUCCAGAAGAGCCCUGCGGAACCAGAAGCUUUAAAUGAAAUCAAACAAAAAGAACUGAGGGAAAUGUUUACGCAAUGCCAGACCCGGAUAAUUCAGAUCUAGUUGCUGAUUCGGGAAGUGUUCUUCUGGUUGUGGCUCUCAAUAAAGUGCUACAAAAACAUGAUGGCAGGACUCAUGGUGGCAAGAACAGCUGCUGGAUACUGGGAUCCAUAAGAGGUAACUUGUUUACAGGCAGUGAGAGAUGCAGAUGGAUUUGGCUGUGACCAAGCAGCAGAAUUCCCUCCCGAGGUGAGACACAGCGGUGAACCCCCCAUUCAAACAGGUAGCUUAGACACUGGGACUCAGUAAGCAUGCUGUCUAUCUUAGAUGUGUUGCACAGUUAUUUUUUGGAGACUAAUUUUGUAGCUCUUCUGAAUUAUGUAGAAAGUAUUUAUACUACAAAGGUGAUACUGCACUUCUCUGACCUUACUUACCUUGCACUACACCAGCAAAAUAACCUACCGGUAAA